ACGCGUCGCCGAGCCGCCGUCCCCGCUCGGUCCCCGGCGAUGGGCACCCGCCUCUGGGCCACCCUGGCCCUGCUCGGCCUCUGCUGCCUGGCUGCCAGCACAGACUCCACCACCACAACGGCCUCCGGGAGCACAACCAUCUCUGGCAGCAGCACAACGGCCUCCGGGGGCACAACCAACUCUAGCACCACCGUAGGCUCCACCACCCCAACGGCCUCCGGGAGCACAGCGGCCUCCACCACCACCGUAGGCUCCUCCAGCUCCGCGGCCUCCGGAAUCACCACCAACGCUACCAGCACCGCGGUCUCCACCAGCCCCACGGUCACCGAGAGCACCACCGCCUCCACCACCACGACAGCCUUCACCAGCACCGCGGUCUCCACCAGCACCGCGGUCUCCCCCAGCACUGCCGACACCAGCACUGCCGACACCAGCAGCCCCACGGCCUCCAGCAACACGGCGGCCUCCAGCAGCCCCACGGCCUCCGCCAGCCCCACAGCCUCCAGCAGCCCCACGGCCUCCGCCAGCACCGUGGUCUCCAGCAGCCCCACGGCCUCCAGCAGCCCCAUGGCCUCCAGCAGCUCCACGGCCUCCGCCAGCCCCACAGCCUCCAGCAGCCCCACGGCCUCCGCCAGCACCGUGGUCUCCAGCAGCCCCACGGCCUCCAGCAGCCCCAUGGCCUCCAGCAGCUCCACGGCCUCCGCCAGCCCCACAGCCUCCAGCAGCCCCACGGCCUCCGCCAGCACCGUGGUCUCCAGCAGCCCCAUGGCCUCCAGCAGACCCACGGCCUCCAGCAGCCCCACGGCCUCCAGCAACACAGCAGCCUCCAGCAGCCCCACGGCCUCCAGCAGCCCCACGGCCUCUGCCAGCCCCAUGGUCUCCAGCAGCCCCACAGCCUCCAGCAGCCCCACGGCCUUCGCCAGCACCGCAGUCUCGAGCAGCCCCAUGGCCUCCAGCAGCCCCACAGCCUCCAGCAGCCCCACGGCCUCCGCCAGCCCCACGGCCUCCAGCAGCCCCAUGGCCUCCAGCAGCUCCACGGCCUCCGCCAGCCCCACAGCCUCCAGCAGCCCCACGGCCUCUGCCAGCACCGCAGUCUCGAGCAGCCCCACAGCCUCCAGCAGCCCCAUGGCCUCCGCCAGCACCACGGUCUCCGCCAGCCCCACGGCCUCCAGCAGCCCCACGGCCUCUGCCAGCACCUCAGUCUCCAGCAGCCCCACUGCCUCCAGCAGCCCCACGGCCUCCGCCAGCCCCACUGCCUCCAGCAGCCCCACGGCCUCCGCCAGCCCCACAGCCUCCGCCAGCACCGCAGUCUCGAGCAGCCCCACAGCCUCGAGCAGCCCCACAGCCUCCACCAGCCCCAUGGCCUCCGCCAGCACCGCAGUCUCGAGCAGCCCCACAGCCUCGAGCAGCCCCACAGCCUCCACCAGCCCCAUGGCCUCCGCCAGCACCGCAGUCUCCAGCAGCCCCACGGCCUCCAGCAGCCCCACAGCCUCCAGCAGCCCCACAGCCUCUGCCAGCCCCACGGCCUCUGCCAGCACCGCAGUCUCCACCAGCCCCACGGCCUCCGCCAGCCCCAUGGCCUCCAGCAGCCCCACAGUCUCCACCAGCCCCACGGCCUCCAGCAGCCCCACGGCCUCUGCCAGCACCGCGGUGUCCACCAGCCCCACGGCCUCCACCAGCCCCACGGCCUCCGCCACACAUCCAGCUCUGCCACCACCACCACCACCACCGCUCCCACCGCCACUCCCACCACCACCACCACUCCCACCACCACUCCCACCACCGCUCCCACCACCACCACCACCACUCCCACCACCACCACCACCGCUCCCACCACCACUCCCACCCCCACUCCCACCACCGCUCCCACCACCACCACCACCACCGCUCCCACCACCACUCCCACCACCACCACCGCUCCCACCACCACUCCCACCCCCACUCCCACCACCGCUCCCACCACCACCACCACCACCACCACCACCGCUCCCACCACCACCACCACCACUCCCACCCCCACUCCCACCACCACCACCGCUCCCACCACCACUCCCACCACCACCACCGCCACCACCACCACCACCACUGCCACCACCACCACCACCACUCCCACCACCACCACCACCACUCCCACCACCGCUCCCACCACCACCACCGCUCCCACCACCACCACCACUCCCACCACCACCACCACCACCACCACCACCACUCCCACCCCCACUCCCACCACCGCUCCCACCACCACUCCCACCACCACCACCACCACCGCUCCCACCACCACUCCCACCACCACUCCCACCACCACCACCACCACUCCCACCACCACUCCCACCACCACCACCGCCACCACCACCACCGCCACCACCACCACCGCUCCCACCACCACUCCCACCACCACCACCACCACUCCCACCACCACCACCACCGCUCCCACCACCACCACCGCUCCCACCACCACUCCCACCACCGCUCCCACCACCACUCCCACCACCACCACCACCACCGCCACCACCGCUCCCACCACCACUCCCACCACCACCACCACCACUGCCACCACCGCUCCCACCACCACUCCCACCACCACCACCACCACUCCCACCCCCACUCCCACCACCACUCCCACCACCACCACCACCACUCCCACCCCCACUCCCACCACCACUCCCACCACCACCACCGCCACCACCACCACCGCUCCCACCACCACUCCCACCACCACCACCGCCACCACCACCACCGCUCCCACCACCGCUCCCACCACCACUCCCACCACCACCACCACUCCCACCACCACCACCACCACUCCCACCACCGCUCCCACCACCACUCCCACCACCACCACCGCUCCCACCACCACCACCGCUCCCACCACCACCACCACCACCACUCCCACCACCACCACUCCCACCACCACCACCACCACUCCCACCACCACUCCCACCACCACCAUCACUCCCACCACCACUCCCACCACUCCCACCACCACCACCACUCCCACCACCACUCCCACCACUCCCACCACCACCACCACCACCACCACCACCACCGCUCCCACCACCACUCCCACCACCACCACCACUCCCAUCACAACCACCACCGCUCCCACCACCACCACCACCACUCCCACCACCACCACCACUCCCAUCACAACCACCACCACUCCCACCACCACCACCACCACUCCCACCACCACCACCACUCCCAUCACAACCACCACCACUCCCACCACCACCACCACCACUCCCACCGCUCCCACCACCACUCCCACCACCACCACCACCACUCCCACCACCACCACCACUCCCAUCACAACCACCACCGCUCCCACCACCACCACCACCACUCCCACCACCACCACCACUCCCAUCACAACCACCACCA